AAAUCAUUCACAGAUUCACCAAAACCCCAGGGAAAAAAACCCUUAUAUAUUACUGUUUCUUCUUCAUCAGCUCUGUCUCUUUGGCAAUGGAUUUCCAAGUAGUGGUGUUAGCCGGUGGGAGUUCAAAGAAUUUAACUCCUCUUGUCUCCAAGGAAUUGCCUAAACCGCUGCUUCCGGUUGCCAACCGCCCUGUUCUUACCUACGUUUUGCACCAACUGGAACAAAGCAACCUUAAAGAUCUGAUUGUUGUGGUUGAAGGGGAAGAUGCUGCGCUUGUUGUUGGUGCUUGGAUUUCUGGGACUUUCAUUGAUCGUCUACACGUCGAGAUUGCUGCAGUCCCCGAGGACAUUGGAACAGCUGGAGCAAUUCGUGAAAUCUCACAUCACCUCACAACAAAAGACAUUUUGGUUGUGAGUGGUGAUCUUGUAUCUGAUGUUCCUCCUGGUGCAGUUGCUGCCACCCAUAGGCGACAUGAUGCAGCAGUGACUGCAACGCUUUGCUCUAUUCCUGUUAGUGGACCACUAGAGUCCGGAUCCUCUGUUGGAAAAGAUAAAGCCAAGAAAUUAGGACGAUACAACAUCAUCGGACUGGACCCUGGCAAACAGUUUUUAUUACACAUAGCAACAGGAGCUGAAAUUGAGAAAGAUGCUCGACUUCCAAAGCGCAUUCUCCGUGCAGUUGGCCAGAUGGAAAUUCGAUCGGACCUGAUGGAUGCUCAUAUGUAUGCAUUCAAGAGGUCUGUCCUGCAAGAAGUUUUAGAGCUAAAGGAUGCAUUUCAAAGCUUGAAAGAGGAUGUACUUCCUUAUCUUGUCCGGAGCCAGCUGAAAUCAGAGGCCUUAUCAAAUAGGACUCCGCAAGGAGAAGAAAAUGGGAACGAGAAGGUUACUUCCCUGAACAAUCAAGUAUUUGUCUCUCGAAUCCUUGCUAACGCAUCUAUCCCAAGCUUUCAUGACCGCAGUUCUGAGACUCCUGAUGGUUCUGCCCCUACUCGGAAAACCCAUAAAUGCUGUGCUUAUAUUGCAAGUAGCAGCAGUUAUUGCGUGCGCUUGAAUUCCAUUCAAGCAUUUAUGGACAUCAAUCGAGAUGUUACUGGUGAGGCGGAUCAUCUGCUGAGCGGCACAGAUCCCAAUAAUAACAUAGGUCCUUCACCAAAGCUUGGAACCAAAACUACUGUGGGGCCGCACAGCAUGCUGGGUGAAGGUUCGGAAGUCGGUGACAAAUGCCAAGUAAAACGGUCUGUUAUAGGCCGUCACUGCCGGAUAGGUUCCCAUGUGAAGGUUGUCAAUUCGGUUGUAAUGAAUCAUGUCACAAUCGGCGAUGGCUGUAUAAUACAGGGCUCUGUGGUUUGUAGCAAUGUACAGCUUCAAGACCGCGUUGUUUUGAAAGAUUGCCAAGUCGGGGCAGGUUUUGUCGUCACUGCCGGAAGCGAGUAUAAGGCAGAAUCUUUGGCUAGAAAAGAGAAAUGAGCGAAAGUUGUAUCCCCCGAAUUGCUCG